AUUCCCUCCCUACAAAAUUCUUCAUCCCCAUUCCAUUCGACAACGUUGAGUCCGUUGUAAAGGGAUGGACAGCCAAUAACUGUUUGAUCGAUAAGAGCGCAACUCGUUUUGGCCAUUACGAUGCCGGUUAAUAUUCAAAUCACAAUAAAUAAAACCAAUAUGAUAUUUAAAUAAAGCCGAAUCGUAGUAGUUGUAGCAGACACAGUCUUUGCAUUCCAAAUGACACUCGAGCAUUUCCCACAGAGCUGUGCUUACAAUUGCUCACUCACAACACAACAAGAGCGAGUGUAAGGACAACGACAACGCAACCGCUCAAAAUGGUGCAAAUAUCACAAACAGAGGAGGACAUUAAGAUUUCCAUUGAACUAAAUAGACUCGUUACCCGAAAGCCGGACGUUGUCCUCCUGCCGCAAUAUUUAAAAUUUAAUAAUCCACCAAUAUUCUUUGAACGACAUUUGGUCCAGGAAAUUGAUGAGAUGGCCAGUUUUUGUCGUAUUUUCAAGCACGAGGCUCGUAUUGUGCUAAUUAAGAAGCAACCUGGCAUCUGGCCAGAGAUGUUUCAAAAACUGAGCAAGGAGGCUUUAAUGCAAAAACGUCUAGAGAUAGCCGAUCUGAUAGUAGAGCGCAACAAAAAACGAGAUGAGAUGGCUCUGGAACGUUACGAGAACAAGCGACGCGCUGAAAUUGAGAAGGAAGUGAAGCGUGAAGGCGACAUGAAAGAUCGCGUGAAGAAGUUUCAAGAGAGUUCUUGUCACGAAGCCUUAAUGGUGGGUGUGCGCAAAGAGACUCAUAUGAAGCUAAAUGGAGGGCAUGGCAAUAUUAAUGACAAUAACAGCAAUAACCGACAGCAGCCGGCAUUGGCAUCGGAAAUGCGGCAAGCCACACCAGUUGUGCGAUAUCAAUCACCAAUCGCCAUGUCAGCCGUGCGAGGUAAUGGACGCAUCAGCGUGUGUUUCUCCAGUGAGCACAAACGGGAUACACCGAAACGUGAGUCACAGGAAGGUAUUCAUAUGCCAUUUACUGUACAUGACCCAUCUAAUGGCAACGCGAUGGCCAAAGAAAACACUCCGAUGGAGACUGUAGAUGAAUAAUACUAAAAGAUUGAAACCAUCAAUUUGGUUAGGGAAAUGUUGUAUAACUUUCGUAAUAACCAUUUAAAUAAAAUGCAUUAGAGUUAAGAGCUCGAGAGAGAGAGAGAGAGAGAGAGA